GCUCAUAGACAUCAUGUACGUCUUUGCGUAAUUUGUCAAAAUUGAGAAAUUCCAAAAUUACAAUCUUUAUUUUGCCCAGCGAUUCUGAUAUAUUUUAAAAUUUUAAGAAAAUGCAGGAGGACGCAAAGGAUAUAAUCCCCGAAAAAUUAGAUUUCGAGGAGGAGGUCUCUCGCCUAAUGAUCGAAUAUGACGUGAUACUUAUAGCUGAAUGGGAUGAAUCCAUUUUUGAGGAGAAUGAAUUAGAGGACGACCACGAGAGCGACCACAAUACAUCUUCUAACGAUAACACCCAGUAGGUGCGAUAAUAUUUACAUUGUGGAGCUCUGGAUACUGAAUUUUUCACACGUUGUUUGUUAUCAUUAAGUACCAAUAAAAUUGUGUACCAUA